AUGUCUUCACUUUUACCCUUCUUUGGGUGGGCUGUCCUUCCAAAUUAUGCCACAUCGUUUCUGCAAAGCAUUUAUUAUGGCAUAACCAUCCGCGCAGGCGAGCCUCGACCGUUACCUCAGACACCCCGAUACGAGCGCCAUCGCCGCCGCAUCUUCAUCUUCGUGAUCACCAGCUACCUCCUCUACACGCUCUAUGAGACCUUCUACCAAGUACAGCUGGCGGGCGACUAUUACCAAGCGCUUGGAGUCUCGCCCUUCGCCGAUGAUCGCAUAAUCAAGUCGCGAUUCCGUCGGCUGGCUGCUCAGUACCACCCUGAUAAAGUCGGGCUAGACAGCGGGUCUGAUGCUUACUUCUUGUACCUUCGACGGGCUCAGGAGACCUUGACGGACCCGGUUAAGCGGUUCGCUUAUGAUCGGUUUGGGACUGAUUUGCAUGGAUGGGGCGAGCAGAAGACUAUGCGCGACUUUUUGAUGAGCUCGGUGACCAAGUCGAUCUUACCGCAGUAUAUCGGCGGGUUUGUCACCAUGGUGGUGCUGAAUUGGCUGUGGUGGGCAAAUUGGGGACGCUACUGGCGCUUCUUCACGUUCGGCGCAAUGCUGACACUCGAGCUGGGCUUGAUUACCCACCCCCAGGCCGUGUUUAUGCCUACUGCUUACCUCCCCGCUGCGCUACAAGCCUGGCUCCCUCAGAACUCCUACUAUCUGCUGCCAUUCCAGAUCCUGACGUUGGCACGCCGCGCUUCGAUCAUGCUGCACAUUUUCAUCUCACAGGCAGCACCACCCGCCGCCAAAGCUUCCGGCAAUGGGAACGGCGAUAAGAUCCCUCCCCAGACCAUGGAGCGUCUCAAUCAGAUGGUCCACAUAACGCGCGCGACGGAUAAAGAGGCGACACGGUUGCUACAGCUGAGUCUGGCGCCUUUCCGCGGUGACCGCGAGAGCGUAUCAACGCUACGCCGAGGGAUGAAAGAAGGAUUGAUCCUCGGCGCGGUGCGGAGCAGUCCUGGGGUGCAACUGGCUGUGACACAGGUGCUCGAACGACGCAAGGCUGAAAGUGACAAUAAGCGUGAUUGA